CUCAUGGAGAGAGAUUCCAAAGACUAAUAUAAUAUGCUUUUUCGUACUACAUACUUAGUAGAGAAGGACUCAAGUCAAGUGAUAUCUGUAAUCUGAGAUCCGAGUCUCGUCAGUAGAGGACCAUUUUAACAUUUGAUAUUUUCCAAUCAAUAAUAAUAAAUUUGUCUUGUGAAACCAUGGCAAAUUUAACAGAAGAUGAUUCUUCUGGUGAAACUGAUAAGUUAGUGCCAAGUGAAUCCAAUGAAGAAACUUCUGUUGUAGAAAACCAAAAUGUGGAUAUCAAUGCUCAAAUUGAUGAACAACGUCAAAGGAUGCAGCCGUCUAAAAUGGAAUCAUUUUUUGCUAUAACGAAAUCACUUAUCAUAAGAGCGUUAGUAGUUUAUUUUAUUACAUCAAUGUUUCGGCAACCUUCUGCACCAAAAACUGACGUUAAUAGCUCAUCUGGUGUACCUCGAGUACCAGCCGUUAACAUGUUUCAAAAUGGAACAGUUGUGGAUAUGUUUGCAUAUAUAUCAGAGCAUGAAUUUCUAGAUAAUCUUGAACAUGGUCAAUUGAUCUGGAAAGAAACAAAUCUUGUAUAUGGUGACUGGUUUGGUGGACCCAAUAAUGAUGGAACUUAUACCCAUUCCACUAGUAUUGUGCCUUCAGAGUCUUUAAAGAAUAAUGGUUCCAUUUAUAUUCAUGUUUAUGUAGUCCCAAAUGGAAAGUCACCAAAUCCUAAAGAUAAAAAUAAUUAUGCAGGACCAUAUGUUACAUAUGGUAAAAAAAUGGUUAAUAAAUACAAAAAGUUAAAAUAUCUAAAAACACAUAACCUUUUGACCGGACAAAGUGAAAAGUCUGAGGAGGAAUUAAAAAAAGCUGAAACAAUGAAAGAAGAGAUAGUGUCACAUUGGCAUCCUAAUUUGACUAUUAAUUUAGUAACAGAUCAAACAAAUUGGAUGCAAGGCAGUGUUCCGCCACCACUUGAUGAAUUUAUAUAUUUUUUGCCUGAUGGUAAGGAGUAUAAACCUGCUGUGUUCUUAAAUGAUUACUGGAAUAUGAUGCGUGACUAUGUACCUCUCAACAAUAGUGUUACUAGCCUUGAUCUACAACUAACAUUUCAACCAUUGAGUCUUUUCAAAUGGCAGUUAUACACAGCACAAGUUAUGAGAGACAAACUGAGCAUGUUUUCAGCUCUUGGUGCAGAAGAGCAAGAUGAAGAACAGGAUACUGUGAAAGAAUUGCUUUUGGAAACAUCUCCUUAUUUAUUGGGUUUAACUAUAUCUGUCUCUAUCCUCCAUUCAAUUUUUGAACUUUUAGCAUUUAAGAAUGACAUUCAGUUUUGGAACAACAGACAGUCCUUGGAAGGACUCUCUGUGCGAUCAGUUUUCUUCAAUGUUUUUCAGUCAACAGUUGUAUUGCUCUAUGUACUAGAUAAUGAAACUAAUGUUAUGGUUAGAAUUUCUUGCUUUAUUGGCUUAAUGAUUGAAAUCUGGAAAAUUAAUAAAGUUAUGGAUGUGAAAUUGAAUAGGGAAGAUAGGAUAUUUGGAUUCCCCAAAAUAUCUUUCACAGAUAAGGGUUCUUAUGUAGAAUCAAGCACAAAACAAUAUGAUAUGUUAGCCUUCAGAUAUUUAAGCUGGGCUUGUUUUCCUCUGCUGAUUGGAUAUGGUAUUUACUCACUUUUAUAUCUGGAGCAUAAAGGAUGGUACUCAUUCAUUCUAAACAUGAUGUAUGGAUAUCUGUUGACUUUUGGUUUUAUUAUGAUGACUCCUCAGUUGUUUAUCAAUUACAAGCUAAAUUCUGUAGCUCAUUUACCAUGGCGCAUGAUGACAUACAAAUUUCUCAAUACUUUUAUUGAUGAUAUAUUUGCAUUUGUGAUUAAAAUGCCAACAAUGUACCGUCUGGGAUGUUUUAGAGAUGAUAUUGUUUUCUUCAUUUUCCUGUACCAGCGCUGGAUCUACAAGGUUGAUCAUAAGCGAGUUAAUGAAUUUGGUUUUUCUGGCGAAAUGGAGCAGCAACAAAACCAAAAUCUAUCCCUAACACAACCUGAAGUUACUGAUAAGAAGAAUGAUUAAUUCUCUAAGAUGGGUGUAAAUACAUAAAUAGAGGUGGUACAUUAGAUAAAUUUAUUUAUAGCCUGUUUCUCAAAAAUCUUCUAUGAUCAGUAACUCCUCAUAAUUGAUAAGUGAUACAAUGACAUUUACACCCCUUAAUGUCAAAAUUGUCUUCUGCUUAGGUUUUUUAACAACCUUAUCAUGCAUUAUUUAAUGAUAGCUAAUGUUGCUAGGAUAAUUAUCUGAAUUAUGUUUUUAACUACAAUUAUGGACAACAUUUCAUGAGUUUCUUAAAAUGUAGUAAAUAAUGAUUAUGGUCUUUAACUAAAACCCUUUUUAACUAUAGCAUACAAUAUUUAUAUUAUUUUAUACAUUAUUAGUUUCAAUUUUUUUUACAAAAAAAAUAUUUACUUGAUACUUCUGUCAUAACUAAAUAAUUGCUCUUAUUUAAAUAGAAUAUUUCAAGCAUACUCUAUGUCAAAAAUUAACUUUACAUAGUUGACUGAUAGUUUAAAUUUCAGCAUUUAUUUACCUAAAUUUUUGAAAAGGAUUAACUUAAUUUAAAUUAUAGCUCAAAAUAAAUAUAUAAUCGUCUUUGUGAUGGCUGUAUGUAGUAAUAUAAACAAUGUUGUUCAUGUUAGAUUGUUCAUCGUUAAAGCAGUGUUCCUCAUUAUGAGAUAAGUUUUUCAAGGAUAUAAAUGUAUCUUAUAAAUAUAUGAUAUUUUUUUUGUUAUAUCCAUUGCUAUUUCCUAUUGCAUUGCAUGAAUACAAUAAUAUUACAAUAAUAUACAAUAAUAUGAUGGAUACAAUAAUAUUAAUGUAUGUACUGCACUUGUAAUGCCUGUGGGAAUGCUCUAUGUCACAAUGUAAUUGAAAUAAAUAGCCAAAACCGACAAUAGCUUGCUAUAUGACCUUACCAUUACUUGGUCUUGGUACCUUUGGAACAAUGUAUGCAGUAUGACUUGAGUAUUGUCCAGUAGAAAUGUUUUAAUGAUUUAGUAAAAUUGUUGUUAUAGGAAUUGUAAUGGUUUUUGUAAUUAAUAUUGUAAGCUGUGUUUAGAUUAAUUAUUUAAAUAAAUUGAUUUGUAGGUACUUUAUAUAAGCACUUCCAUUAAAUUCUGAAAUAAUAAUUGUGAUUUAAAUUAGUACAACUGUAAACUAAUAACUAUUAUUGUUGUGAUAAAAUGACAUGAGAAUAAGUUUUUAAAGAAAUAUUUAUGCCACCCACAAGUAAAUAUUAUGCAUUUCGAAUUUAUGGAUAUAUUUUAAAUUAUAACAUAGUUUAAUUCACUUAUGCCUCCAAUCUUAAAUUAAAAGUAUUAAAUGUA